AUGGCCAGAAUUUCCAAGGAAGAUGGGCAUAUUUUUAGGCUAGGGUCUAGCCGCCAGGAAAAAGAGUGCAUAUUUGGCGUGGUGAACAACGAGGAAGAGUGCGCAAAGAUCAUCGACAUGUGCAGGCUGGGCGCGCUUUCCAGAGUCAAAUCGCGGCUUUCUGAUGCGGAGAGGGACUUGAUUAGGCCUGGGAGCAUCUUUGUCUACGAAGAGGCAGAAAGCAGGAUCUUCCGGUGGACAGACGGCAAGCUCUGGUCGUCCUCCAAGAUAUACGGGCGCUGCCUGGUGUACUACGAGCUGGAGACCUCGUGCGAGCAAAAAAUAGAGAGGCUUCGGCUCUCGGACGACCUGGACAGCAUUAUCAAGAAGGGCAGCGAAAUCAUCAGCCUGGACGUGUCCGACAAAAAGAAUAAAAAGAGAGACGGCCUGAUCAAGCUGACAACGUCUGCGGUCUACCAGGAAAAAACAUACCACCUGCUCUCCUACUUCACCGAGAAGUUUGCGCGCGAUUGCGUGCGGGACGCCAUAUGGAACAUGGUGUGCUCGUGGGAGCUUCCGGAAAACCUUGCGCUGCGCAUGAACUACCGAAGAAGACGGCUGGGCAAGCCGUACACAAGGGAGUCGCUCGGCUCGGCAAAGGCCAAGAAGAGGCGAGAGCCCAGCAGGACCCAGUCCUUCCCUGUGUACGAGCCUUCCUGCUUGCUAGAAGACACGCCUGUGUGCAUGGGGGGAAUUGAAGACUUUAUCCAAAACUGCUAUGCGGAGGACAACUACUUCACCUUCUAG